CCAUUCCACAUGCAAUUAAUUUCUGACAGAAGUCUUAAUGUCAGAUUACCCUACGUGCACCCUAGCUAGAGAACACCCAUGACCGAAAAUCCAAUUCAAACCAGAUUUAUUCAAAAUUUUUAGCUCAGUUAUAAAUUAUGAUAUCUACACUAGUAUACAAUAACUGAUUUCACUCAAAAGAGUCCAUGAUAAAGAGAGAGAGAAAUAUCACUAAAGACAGCUCAUUCCGCGACAAGCCUUGACGCCAUCACUAUUACUCCGGGUGAAUGCACCAACCAUGCACGCUUAUUGUCUGUCGCCUACGUGGUCACUUCUAUGAAUACUGAUGUGUACUGACCUCAUUGGUAAUAGGAUUUCCUAGCUAGACGUGUAGUGGCACAUCUACCCAUGUUUGGGCCCAUGUUCAAGGACACACUGAAUGGAAUAUGGCAGAUCACCAAAAUUCACCAGUCAAGAUUUUGGCCUGGGUUUUACCAAGAACAAUAUCAACAGCGUUAACCAAGUGUUUAAGUAGCUUGGAAGACAUGGAGAUUUAUUUCGAAUUAUUCUUAUACUCGAGUUUUGUGAGGAAGGUGUACGAGGCGCAGACUGGUGACGACAUGCCUAUGAACUACGAGGGGAAUGAGGAAAAGGUACUAGAAGCAAUAAAGCGUUAUGGAAGUCUAAUAAACACCGAUCUGGUUCCCGAAAGAGUGGUGUAUAGCGACGUGAACAAGGCAAUCCAAUCAUCGGACAAGAAGUACAUCUUCGUGAAGGAGGCCUACAUGGCCUUUCCAGAUGAGAAAUCCCGUCAAUACUUACCAACAGGAUUCAGGCAUGUUUUCCUUAUCAGAGAGCCUUACAGACUGUUGGCAUCCUACAGGGACGCCCUCUACCGGCAUAUGACAAACGUCGGCAUGCGGUCAGGUGACUCGGUCGACAAAGAGGCCUUUGACAUGGAACACGACGACCCGAUUACAAAUACGAGCGAGUUUUACAGAAAGAACUUAGAAUUCUUCAAGUACAUCCGUGACAACCUAGAUCCCAACCCGAUCAUCAUCAACACUGAUGAUCUAUUGGCCAACCCUGCUGAGAUGCUGAAGAAGUUCUGUCACUUGACAGGUCUUCCGCACAGUGAUUCCCUUCUUAAAUGGGAUGAAUCUUCGGACAUCACCAAGACCUGGAAGACAGCGAGCGAGGAUAUCAUUAACUUGUCAAUAGCCUUCUAUGAAACUGCGGUGUUUUCUGGAGGGUUUCACCCACCAAAACCCGCUGCUCCAAUUGAGAACAUUACACCAGAUGUAAUAAAAUUAGCCAAUGCUUCCAUGCCAUACUAUCAGGAAUUAAAUAAGUAUAAGAUUUAAAAUACAAAUAAUAUCCAUUGGGGGGUUAAACACGAGGUAUACCUUUAGAACAGUUCUAACAUUCUUGUGAGUUUUUCAAAUGUAGCAAGUGUAUGUAUUAUUCAAGCAAAUUGGUGCGUUUUGUAUGUUUUAUUACAUAUAUACCUAGUGAUGUAGAACCUUGUUAAUUCAUUGAAAAUUGUAAGAAAAAAAACUCCUUAAAAACUGACAUCUUAAAGCUUUUCGACAUGCACUCAUCGGAAUAAAAUUGCAUGAAUGACUAGAACGCUAGAGCAAAACAAUAUAUGAUACAAAUGGAGCGCCUCUGGUAGUCUCGCCUGCAUGAUGUGAUUUAGCAGCAGUGCUGACUUUGAAAACUACUAUAAAGUAAUUAUUCACAACAAAAACACGUUUCAUAUAAUGAUAUAAUACUAUGUUCAUUGACCCUAAAUGACAUUGACCAUGUGACCUAAGACUUGUCAGUGAUGCUUGAUUACCCCCAUGUCCACAUUUCAUAAACUAUACCCAUAAGCUUUCAAGGUUAUGGCGGCAAUUUAACAAUUACCUCCAACAUAGCCAAAGUUCAUUGGCCUUAAAUAACCUGACUUUGUUCAUAUGACCUGAAAUUCGCACAGGAUGUUCAGUGAUACCUGAUUACUCUUAUGUCCAAGUUAUAUGAACCAGAUCCAUAAACUUUCAAAUCUAUAAUGGUAAUUCCGCAAAUACCCCCAACUUGGCCAAAGUUCAUUGACCCUAAAUUACCUUUGACCUUGGUCAUGUGACCUGAAACUUGGACAGGAUACUAAGUAAUACUCCAUUAUCCUUAUGGCCAAGUUUCAUGAAAUAUGUUUAUAUACUUUCUAAGUAUUAUGAACCUUAGGUUGAGAUUUUGAUAUUGAUUCCCCCAACUUGGUCUAGGUUCAUUGACCCUAAAUAACCUUUGACCUUAGUCAUGUGACUUGAAACUAAGGCAGGAUGUUUAGUAAUAGUUAUUUAAUUUUAUGUUUAAGUUUCAUGAACUAGGUCCAUAUAAUUUCUAUGUUAUGCUGUCAUUUCAAAAACGUAACCUUUGGUUAAGGUUUGGUGUUGACACCGCCGCCGCCGUCGCCGUCGGAAAAAUGGCGCCUAUAAUCUCGCUCUGCUAUGCAGGCGAGACAAAAACCGAAAGAGACAAUCGACGCUAAACGAUAUGAGCUGUGGGGCUGUCUCGGUAAACAAUUAAUUGAAAUUUGUCCCCCGAUAUCUAGCGCCCUCUCUCGAUAAUAUUUAAUUAUUUUGCCCUUUGAAAACUUGUCUAUCAACAUUAUUUAUUUGUAUCAGAGAGUCAGAGAGAUACAAAAUAAGAUUAUAUCAUCCAUUUUAUGCUUUAGACUUGUUAGAAGUAGUUUCAUAUAACAAAACAUAGCCAGUUAAUGCAAUUUACUUUAUUUCGGAUGGUAUCCCAGCCAAGAACGUAGAUUUUUCAAGUAAAAUCACUAAAGGAGCGAUAGUCAAAACAUGCUUUCAUUUCACAUCACAUUCGCCAUUCCUGUUAUAGAAUAUAUCCAGUUAUAUAAUAUAGUCAUGUAGUAAUGAAAUAGUGUUGGACAUACCAAACUAAGAGAGGCAUAAACUGGUAUUGUGAAAAAGGACGAAGGAAUAAAGAAAUAGAGUUUGUAUUAUAAAAGGAAUCCCUUAGCAAGGUAACUUUCGAUUAAUAAUUUUUUUUCAUGGAUUGUAACAGUACUUUAUAUGUAUUCUAAAACAUGAAUGCAUAUUAUUAACUAGAUAAUGAUACGAUGUAUUUGUAUGAUACAUGUAGUUUGUUAUUUUGUCACUAUUCAUUGUAUUCCUUUACUUUCAAAUAAGUAAAUUUAAUUAUGAAUGCCGUUGUUGAAUAUGUGAUUAUUGUUUUGGUGUCACGAUCUCUUUGUUUUAUUUAUCAUUUAAGGAAUAUAAAAUAUUUUAUAUGUUUUCAAUUGACAUUUUAGAAGUUCUAUAUGUAAAAGAAAAAAAAAAUGAUCUUUUUCAGCAUCACAUAAGGCACAGUUACACCACGGACAAAGUUAAACCAGGUCAUCAUGAGCCAUUGGCCCGUAUUCUGAACUUUUUUUUUAAAUUUCUCCUUGUAUGCUAUCUGCUUUAUGCCAUUUUAUAUUAAUAAUUUUCACUGUCUUUUAAAUUGUCAAUUUUAUAACUUAUUCAUUAAUUUACUUAGUUUGAUUUAGUCUAGGUUUUUCAUUUUGUUUCAAUUCAUUUAAUGUGAUAGCAUUGGUAUGUCAUUUAAUUUUGAUUGAGUACUGUAUUUUACUUUAUAUUAAUUGCAUUUCAUUUAUUUUGUAAAUCUUUCUAUAUCUACAGUGCUCUUUUGUAAAGCAGGCCUUUGGGCUAUGAAAGGACUACCCUGUUUUUAAAUAAAACUGAAUAAAUAAAUAAAUAAAAUAAA